CAAAACCGUAAUAAAUGACAGAUCGAACAUCGAUCGUAACAACGUAUCGAUUCAACUAAACGUCAUAACAACGAAAGACACUUCAUCGAACACCCUACAAAAACACCCACAAAAGAAAAUUCUAAACCCUGAAAUUUUCAAAACAUACCUUGCGUUGUUUUUCCGACACUGAUCGGAAAUUUCUGAAGAACUUUAUUCGAAGAUGAUGCACAUGACUCUGUACUGGGGGAAAAACGUGACACUUCUAUUCGAUUCGUGGAAGACCGAUUCAUGGACGAGUUAUCUAGUGAGUUUGUUCGCGUGUUUUUUGAUUGCUUCUUUCUAUCAGUAUCUGGAGAAUAUUCGGAUUCGGUUGAAGUUUUUCUCCGGUGGGAAGGGGGAAUCUCCGGUGCCGGAGAAUCAGGCUCCUCUUCUGGGGUUGAAUAAGGUUUCUAGAAAUAAGGUUGCGGAAUCGGUUUUGUUUGGUGUGAAUUCUGCGAUUGGGUAUUUGUUGAUGUUGGCUAUAAUGUCGUUUAAUGGAGGGGUUUUUGUGGCUAUUGUUGUUGGUUUAACGAUUGGUUACUUCUUGUUUAGGAUUCAGGGUGAAGAAGAUGCUUCUCUUGUAGUUGAUAAUUCUUGUGCAUGUGCUUAGUUUGUGGAUUUUGGUGGUGCGAAUUUAUUUCAUGUAAUAGUGUUUGUGAAUCGAUAAAUUUUUCUUCUAUUUUUUGUGAUUUCACUGUUGUAUUUUACUCUGUAUCAUCAAAAUUAAAUACUAGUAAUAAUUGUUGGAACUUCA